AGUAAUUCCUUGUCAGAAAACAAAUUGCACGCAGAAAAUCCUCUGCAGUUUGCAGAGCAAGUUUCUGGGAGUAAUUCCAUUUGUUUCAAUCUUCAGGACAAUAUUGGCUUUCAGACAGUGGGAGGUCAAAUGAAUUCAGAUUUGCAGACAAAGUAUUCUGAACUGUUGACAGUGGGUGCAGCUGACUCUUCAGAUAAUCUAGUCAAGGAUGGCCUGCAAACUCAGGACAGCAUUGGAAGGUGGAUACACUACAUUAUGACUGAUUCUCCUGGAUCGGUAGAUGAUCCAAUUGUGGAGCCCUCAAUUUCAACAGGUCAUGAAUCAUUUUCUUCUCCAAAUAUGGAUCAUCAUCAGUCUUCUGCUUCGGAGCAAAUAUUCAGUAUCACUGAAGUCUCACCUGCAUGGGCUUUUUCAACUGAAGAAACCAAGAUCACAGUGAUUGGAUUUUUUCAUGGACAGCAACACCUUGAAGAGUCAAAUUUAUUUUGUGUAUGUGGAGAUGCUUGUAUUCCUGUAGUUGUCCAAUCUGGAGUAUUCCGUUUUCUGCUUCCACCACAGAGUCCUGGAUUAGUGAAUCUUUAUUUGAGUUUAGAUGGUCAAAAUCCCAUCAGCCAAGUUGUGACCUUUGAGUAUCGCUCUCCUUCAAUGCUCGGCUCAAUGGUUUCUUUAGAAGAUAAGUCCAAAUGGGAAGAAUUUUGUUUCAAGUUGAGGCUUGCUCAUUUGCUCUUUUCUGCAUCUAAGAGCCUUAACGUUUUCUAUAGUAAAAUAUCUCAAAAUGCCCUGAAAGAAGCCAAAAAUUUUUUACUCAAAACCUCCAACAUCACUGACAGCUGGGAAAAUUUGAUCAAGUCAAUCAAAGACGGCAAAAUCUCUUUUGCACAAGCAAAAGACAGCUUGUUUGAGCUCACUUUGCAGAACAGACUACAAGAAUGGCUGUUGGAAAGAAUAGUUGAAGGGUCCAAAAUCUCUGACCGUGAUGAGCAAGGUCAAGGAGUAAUCCAUUUUUGUGCCAUUCUGGGUUAUACAUGGGCUAUUUAUCCGUUUUCAUGGUCCGGCUUGUCAUUGGAUUAUCGGGACAAAUUUGGAUGGACAGCUCUUCAUUGGGCUGCAUAUUAUGGAAGGGAGAAAAUGGUUGCAGCUCUUCUUUCUGCCGGGGCAAAGGCAAAUUUGGUCACAGAUCCCACUUCAGAAAAUCCUGGUGGAUGCACUGCCGCUGAUCUUGCAUCCAAAAAUGGUUAUGAAGGUUUAGCAGCUUAUCUUGCAGAAAAAGGUUUGGUGAAACAAUUUGAGGAUAUGGCCCUAGCUGGAAAUGUCAGUGGUUCGCUGCAAACUUCCACAGCAGAUUCGGUAAACACUGGGAACUUUAGCGAGGAGGAGCUGUAUCUGAAGGAUACUCUGGUAGCUUAUCGAACAGCUGCUGAUGCAGCUGCACAAAUACAGGCUGCGUUUAGGGAGCGCUCACUCAAGUUACGGACAAAAGCAGUUCAGCAAUCCAAUCCAGAGGAUGCAGCACGCACUAUAAUUGCAGCUAUGAAAAUUCAGAAUGCCUUCCGCAACUUUGAAACGCGAAGAAAGAUGGCAGCGGCUGCCAGAAUCCAACAUAGGUUCCGUACUUGGAAGAUCCGAAGAGACUUUCUCAAUUUGCGCCGUCAAGCAAUCAAAAUUCAAGCUGUUUUCAGAGGUUUCCAUGCACGGAAACAUUAUCGGAAGAUCAUUUGGUCAGUUGGAGUGCUUGAAAAAGUAGUUUUACGUUGGCGUUUAAAGAGAAAAGGUCUUCGUGGCCUUCAAGUUCAUCCUAUGGAAGCUGUCAAAGAUCCAACUCAAGAAAGUGAUGGGGAGGAGGACUUCUUCCAAGCCAGCAGGAAACAAGCUGAGGAUCGGGUUGAGAGAUCCGUUAUUCGGGUCCAGGCCAUGUUUCGUUCAAAGCGAGCCCAAGAAGAAUAUCAAAGAAUGAAGUUGGAGCAUAAUAUAGCAACGUUGGAAUACGGACUUCUCGAUCGUGAUGGUGACAUGUGAUGAGAGUAGAAUGGGAUUAAGGCAUUGCUUGCUUGGAACAGCACCGGAGAGGAAAGGGGUGAGGUGAAAAAAGACAUGUUUAUGUUCUUCAACAGUGAUGUUUGUACAUCUUGUAAAUGCUUUAGGUGAGGUUAGUCCAGUAAUUUUGGCCAUCGUACAUGUUUUAUGAAGUUUUUUUUUUUCUUUCUUGGGGGUUAGGGGAGGGUGAGGAUGUGGUUUCAGUUUCCAUUUUGGUCAGUAUUUUAGGCCCGUUUACGUGUGUUUGGAUAACAGGGUUGGAUUGGAUUGAAGAUCUAAAAAAAUAUUUUUUCUUAUCCAACCCACACUCACUUAUUAUUGGACUGGUUAGGAUUUAAUAGCUAUAUUUUAUCUUUUCCAAUGUUUGAAAAACACAUAAGCACUUUUGUGAAACCCAUGGAAAAGGGUG